AUGCAGGUCGCCCGAAUGACGCCGGCGGCGACGGACAGCAUCGGCAAUCGUAACGGGGGAAAGACAACCAGCGCUGGCAGAAAAUUCAAACGGCGCUUGGUGACCCAUCCCAGCCCGGGGAACGCAACUAACAUGAACAAAGCAACGACGCCAGUGGCGAUGGCGUGGGGAUCAGGCCAGGAAACCCUCGUCGCAUCAAACAAGCUGGGGGACAACUACGAGCGGCCUAGGAUGACGAGAAAUAUGGUAGGCCAUUCCUUGUCGCCGGAGCGCCAACGGCCCCCCUCGUCUACCAAGGCGGUCCAUCAUCGUCUCGAUCCUAUCCAAGCGGUUGUGGUCGCGGAAGAGACGUUCAUCCCGGACAGCGUGCUCUACGAGCCCUACAGUAGGCGCCCCCUAAAGGCAAUAGACCUGAGUAUUUGGCAGGACCAGCUGAGCACGUUGAUGGUCGAGGAUCUUCUGCGUCGAAAUUCCUCUUUCUCCAAGCUGUCACUACGCGGAGCAAGACGAGGGUCUGAUAUUCUGGCAUUGAUUGCUCGGCACUUCGGGCGCACCGUCACAGACCUCGAUGUAUCCGACUCUAAGGUGGUUGACGUCGAAUGGCUGAAGACGUUGGGAGAACCAACAGAGUGCCCGGCCAUCGCCAGCCUUACUGCCGCGCGUUGUAGCGGUAUCACCAACAAGGGGGUCGAGAUCUUGGCUCGAAAGAAGGGCCCGUCCCUGCUGGCGCUGCGUGUUCCGGGGUGUGAAGCUGUGUCUGACGAUGGGGUAGAGUUUGUAGCAAAGCACUGUAGUAACCUGUGCUCGAUUGAUCUCAGCGGGUGUCCGAGGGUACGAGACAGGUCCGUGUUCGCAAUCAGCGCCCUGACUGGCCUGCAAGACAUCGCUUUGGACGGCUGCGCGGAAGUGUCUGACGAUGCCUUCCGCCAGCUCUUCACCAGCGUCACGCAGCUGAAAUCUCUGUCCAUCAGGGGCUGUGCCAGCGUCUCGGAGGAAGGCUUGAAGUUCAUGCACGAAAUGCCGGUGCCGUGGGGAACCCGGAAGCACCGCAACUGCGCACUUCUUCACACGCUUCGCCUUGGACACAACAAUAACAUUUCAGACGAGUUCAUGAUUAUAGUGGCGGUCGUGUGUCCGCAUCUUCGGGUGCUGGGAGUGACCUCGUGUCCUCUGGUCGGAGGCGACCAGGCGAUGGGAAAGAUUGGCGGCCUGCUGGAGCUGGAAGAGGUGACUCUAGAGGUGCUGCCGCGGGUUAGUGACCAGGGGAUCAGAGAGUUCUUCUGCGACCAGCCAAGAAGAGCGCUGAGGAAAUUGAGCCUGGUCGGGUGUACUAAGGUGACAGACGUCUCCCUCAAGUGCAUAGCAAAGAGCGCGCGUGCUCUUCAUGAGCUACGCCUCGACCACAACGUGAGCGUCACCGACCGUGGGUUGGGGUACCUGGCCAAGGGCCUCGCCGCCAACCUGCGGCUGCUUCAGGCGACGCACCUCGGGAUGAUCAACGAUAGCGGGGUCCGGUUGCUCUCACGAAAAUGUCUGCAGCUUACAAACAUCGAUAUCAGCUACUGCCUACGCAUCUCGCCGGCCUGUUUUCUGGGUCUCCGCAAGCUUCGUAUGCUGGAAUUCCUAGGCUUAUCAAGCUGCCACGGGUUGUUCAACAGCAGUGAUGAGAGGAGCGUUAGCGGUGGUGUGUCCGGAGAGGUGCCACGCCGUGAGAUGUACCCGACCGCCUCGGCACUUGACGCUGCAGAAUUUUACAAGCUCCGCCGCCUGGAGUUAGCCGACCAACCAGAUCUGACAGACGCAGCCUUGCUUGCCGUGGCGAAGCGAAACUGUCGGACGCUCGCGUUUCUCAACGUAUCGCGGUGCUCCAAGUUAACACCCGACGGGGUCACCGAAGCGGUGAAAGUCCUCACGUCCCUGAAGCGGCUGGACGUCACUGGCUGCGACCUGAUCAAGACGGAUGACGCCGACAGCUUCGUCGGGUGCGUCGCGCCGGCGCUGCUCCUUAGCCGCGCGCAUCUUGACGCCGACGGCUUUGACGGCUUGCACUGUUGUGCUAGUGCCGAGGACGCGCGCUUGCGACGGGAGGCGGGGAACGUUGUACGGAGGGAAGAGCUCGGGGCGAGGGCUAUUCAGAGGGCGAUUCGAGGGUACAGAGAGAGGGAGAAGGAGGAAAACGAGGCUUCUUGGAAACAUAGUCAACUGCACGCUGCGGCGUUGACUAUUCAGUUGUGGGUCCUGCGCAUUAUGGCGCGGAAGAUCUUGGCCGCUCGCGCCAUGCGGCGCGCGCGCUUGAUGAUCUCCAUGUUCAAGUGGCGUCGGCGUACCAGGGAAGCUCGGUCCUGGAACCUCGCCGCCCACCACGGCGACAGGAAACUCAAGGCCCGAACGGUACGAGACUGGCGGGCCUCCUGCGUCGAAGACAUGGCCGACGCCAGCGACCUCGCCGAGCGGGGCGAGGUUUUCUUCGAGCACAUGGUGCUGAGCACCCACCUGAGGGCCUGGAUCCGAUUCGUGGCGCCUCUGCGGGCACGGCGGGUGGCGGCCGAGGGAAGGGCCGACGCGUGCUGGCGAGCGAGGACGAGGGAGUCGCUGUUCCGGCGUUGGCGAGGAAACGUCCGGCGAAUCAAGUCGCGGCAGGCGAGGUGGGUGGGCGAGGUGCUCCUGACGGUGCUGCCCGUGGAGAUGCGGAAUUCCUCGCGGCAGAGGCCGGGGGUGGAGAGUGCGGUGAUGUUCCACCGCCGCCGCACGCUACGGAAGGCGUGGUGGGCGUUCUUGAGCUUGAACGAGGAGCUGGCAAACCUGCAGCAACGAUUCAGAGUAAGUUCUUCCGUCCUGCAGUCGCUGUGGCCGUUAGCUAAUCCAUACCCAAUGAAAUGGAGGAAACCAUCGCCUGCACCUGUGCUCAACUCGAGUACGUUCGACAAGGCUAACCGGCCGCGCGUUCUCCGCCGCAACUUCGCGCGGCUGCGCGAGGGCGCGCACCUCCAAAAGUGGAAACGAGAGUCAAAAGCCAAGGCGGACAAGGUGGCAGCUUUGUCGCGUCAGCGCCGGGGUUUUCGAGGCUUGCACCAGAGCGCGGCUUUGGCGGCCUCCUCCCGCGUCCUUCGGGCCUGUGCCGAUACAUUUGCAACUCGAACGCUGGUUACGCAGGGCUGGAAGAGUCUUCGGGAUCACCCUGCCGAGAAGAAGAUCAAGAUUAAGACAGCCAAGAUCAUGUCCAACAUCAUGACGACCACCAUCACUACGUGCUUCAUGGCGUGGAAGCAUCACCACCGCACCCUCAAGAAGGCCUCCGCGACAAUCAAGGCCCAGGAAAACAAGCUUUUGAUCGAAAGGUAG